AUGUCAUCAUCGAAUGAAAAUAUUGUUCUAUCAGCUAUUGGAACUCGAACAGUAUUAAAUCUAUUAUGUAAACUAUUAUUUCGUUUUCUACAUUUUUUUCUAAACGCCCUUAUUUUUCGUCAAAUUGAUGGUAAUAUAAUCGGUAUUGCUAAUGUUCGUCUACAAUUACUUUAUACAACGAUAUUAUUUCUAUCACGUGAAGCAUUUCGUCGUACAGUACCAAAAUUAACUGAUAUACGUUCAGUUCAACUUUAUAUUAAUUUGAUAUGGUCAAUUGUACCUGUUGGAUUAUCAAUAAUAUCAUUAUCAUUACCAUUUAUAUUAUUUAUUAAUACGGAUAAUGCAGAAAAAUAUCCUUAUUAUUAUCAUGCAUGUUUCUUUUAUGCUUUCGCAGCAUUUAUUGAGAUAUUAUCUGAACCAUUUUAUUUAUUAGCAACAGUUACACUUAAUUAUCAUAUUAAUAUAUAUAUUGAAAUGUUUGCAUCAACGAUAGGAUUUACACUUCAAGCUUUUUUAAUAUAUAAGAAUUCGGAAUCUGCACUUUAUUAUUAUGGUUUUGGUUAUAUUAUCUAUUCAUUAUUGAUAACAUUAAGUUAUUAUAUAUAUUUUUUAACUCGUCAAAAUGGUGAACGUCAUCGUUUAUUUUUAAUAACAUCAUUUAAAGAUUUAUUGAUAAGACCAACAUCUCCAUAUGUUGAUUACAAAUUAUUUAGUGAAACGAAAACAUUUUUUUAUCAAGGUAUAUGGAUGAAAAUAUUAACGGAAGGUGAAAGAUAUAUUAUGUCAAUAUUUAAUCUUGUUUCUUAUAAAGAUCAAGGAAUAUUUGAUACAAUAAAUAAUCUAGGUUCACUUUUACCACGUCUAAUUUUUUCAACAUUAGAAGAAAGUGCUUAUGCAUAUUUUCAACAAACAUUACAAAGAACAAAAACAAUUAAUGAUGAACAUAUUCAAGAUGAUGAAAUGUUAGUAAAACCAAGAAAAGACGAACAAAUUAAUGAAGUACCACCAUCACCAACAGAACAACAAACAAUAAGAUUAAAUGCAUUGACAUUUUACAAUUAUUUACUUCGUUUUGUAAUUAUAACUUCACUAUUAGUAAUAACUUUUGGUAUACCAUAUUCUCGAUUUCUUCUUAAUCUCUAUGGUGGUUCAAAUUUAAUCGAAGGUCCCGGUCCAUUACUUCUUCGUUUAUAUUGUAUCUAUAUUUUAUUUCUUGCUAUAAAUGGUAUAACUGAAGCAUUCGCUCAAGCAACAAUGUCAAUAAAACAAUUAGAAGAUUAUAAAUAUUUAAUAAUGAAAUUUGCAGCAACCUAUCUUGUUUUAUUUUAUAUUCUAAUUAAAUCUAUUGGUAUACAUGGAAUAAUUAUAGCUAAUUGUUUAAAUAUGUUAGCACGUAUAAUAACAAAUUCACUUCAUAUUUAUCGAUAUUUUCAUGGUAUUCAAUGGUCAAAACCAUAUCAAUUUUCUUCUUCUUAUUUAAUUCUAUUAAGUUUAACAUCAUUUAUUUGUUAUUAUAGUGAAAGUUGGUUUAGUAAUUCAUUUAUACAUUUUGGUUUUGGUUCGAUUUUAGGUUUAGGAAUAUUAUUUUUCACAUGGAAAGAAGAAAAAGAAAUGAUUCAUUAUAUUUAUUGUAUUUUACGAUUAAAUCGAAAAAAGAAACAUUCAUAG